ACCUCGGACUGGAACAGGCAAGUUGGGGGGUGGGGAAGGGACUCCAAAGGUCCCGAGAAUAAGUCGGUCGACUUCUGGAGAAAACGGCAAAACCCGUAAAUGUACUAUUACUUUAAAAAUAAAACUUAAUUCGGAAAUAUUUUACUGGCGUUCGACGGUUAUCACGACUUAGAUAGGUUGACGUACGUCAGUUUAGAAACGUGAGGCUACGGGUUUUAACGUCAGAAAGCUAGCUAAAGCGGCGUCAGAUUUUACUAGCUUAAUACACUUCUUGUCACAUUUGCCCAGUAAUAAAGAAUCGCCCAGCGCUCAGAAUGGCUUUUGACGGGCAUCAGACCAGUUUGACAAAUUCACUUUUCCAGACGUGCCAGCGUCAGACAGGUGUUAAUUGGGGUGGUAAAAGUGAUUGCAUGCCAGUCCCCUUCAUUCCCAGCCCAGUUACAUCAAGUUUGGACCCUUACUGGUCUCAGGAGUCUCAAGAUGAUCCGUAUGAAGUCAGUUACGCCCAGAGCUCCAUCAAAAACAGGAAACCCACUGAUGGCAACUGUGAUGGGGAGGCAGAUCUGCAGGGUCUUGUUUCAGAUAUUUUGGAUGAAGCAGAUGCACGGGAUAGCUUCUACAGUGAAAGCCUACCUACAUGCAACCCCAUCUGGUCUCCGAAGACAGUGAAAGAAGAGUUGUUACAGUAUUUUCAGCCAGAGCCCAAAACAUUCAACAACCCUUCCUUUAUUUCGAACCACUGGCCCCAUGAGACCUUCAGUAAAUCACAACAGUCAGUAGAUAAAGAAAUCAAUGAGCUGAGUCAGCUGUCCAGUGGUCUAUCUGGCAACCAGCAGCGGUCUUUUUAUUUACCAAAUGGAGGCAGUUAUUCCAUCCGUCCUCAAAAGCUGCCACCAGGUCUACCGUUGUCCAACAACGUACCUGCUGACCUAUCACAAAUGCAACAGUAUAAUCACAUCGGAAUGCCUCCUUAUCACAGCAGAGGGAAUGAAAUGCCUUUGAAAAACUUCCCUGUUCUCAGUGACAUCUUCAGACCUCAAAAUGAUGCAAAUGACUCGUGCCUUGAUGAUCUAUGUGAAGACCACUACAAUCAAAAGAGUGUUAAUCUGUUCUUUAAUGAGCGCUGUGUACCAGCAGACAUGAACCAACUAGUCAGCAGUUUUCGGUCAUUCAUGCCACCGGAUCGUGACAGCAGCUGUUGUCGAGACUUUCCAAGCAUGCAUAAGCCAGUUAUGGACAUGCUCAGAGAAGAAGAACUGGCUCAACAAGUUAGGAAAAUCUAUGAUCCUGCAGUCUCAACACAGAAUUUCCGUGCAACACAGACCCAAAAGCAGCUCUUUGGCCACUUGGAGCUGAUGCAGAAUGGGAGGAUUGGAGAAGUGAGGAAACAAAAAUUUAAACUUGAUGACUUCCAAGAUCCUUCUGAGUUCAACUCGGAGAGCAUGGAGUACUUCCAGAAACCAAAGGCAUUCUCAGCACAUCUGAGCAUCCCAAACCAACACCACAACCAGAUAAUGCACAGAGAGAACCAUCAUCCAAGCAUGAACCAGUAUUCAAAACAAUAUACCAGGCAGAGCCAGAAAAAGAUCAAGCCACAAAUGGAGAAAGAAAACAAGAAGAUGCAAGUGCCUGGAUUUACAGAAGAAGUCUUCACUAGAAGGCAAACCAAUACUAACAUGGUAGAGGGAGACAUACAACACUUCUCACAACAUCCAUACUUUGAUUUCCAGGGUAACAUGCAGGCCCACAGACGUGAUGGAGAAAACAUCAUGAUCAGUGCAGGGAAUGUACAGCAGUUCACACCUUUUCCACAUUUUCAAAAUGACCUCAGGAGAUACUUUAACAUGGCCGUAAACUCAAACCUCAGCUCUAGAUCUAUACUGCCCUGUGAAAACCGUGGUUAUCACUUGGAUAUGGGUGGUAUCGUGUCCACUAAUGAUGCUGCAGCAUUUAACUCCUUCAUCAGCGAUGUGAAGAACCACAGAGGAGAGAGCACCUAUCAUGGCAUGGCCUCAGCUGUGACAUCUUCUCUUGUGAUGAAUCAAGGAGGGCCUGCAUUCCAGCUACACUUCUAUCUUGAUGAGUGUUACGAGCAGUGGAAGAGUUUGGAGAUGGAAGGACAAAAGACAGAGGUCAUCCUUAAAAUAGCUUUCCCUGGGAAAAGGACUGCAAUUAUGACCCACACCAAUUCCCCUAAAACUCCAUCGAGACCCAGAAGAGUUGACUACCUUAUUGUUAAUCAGAUGAAGGAGCAAGCACAGGUGACAAGCCUUUUUGAUAGAAUGGAGUACCUCUGUGGCGUUCCCCUGCAUAGCAACAUCCACGCAGCGCUGAAAAUGCACCACAUGGCUGUUUGUAUCACCCAGACUCGAUGUAAGGAGGACAUUGGAAACAUGACAAAGCAGCAGCAGGGAAAUAAGUUCACUGAGGACAGAGAUCACCUGUUGAUGGUAAUGGCACUGAAGGACCUGACUGCUACCACCAAGAAGCUCCGAACAGCUCUGUGGUGUGCUCUCCAAACGACCAUGCCGAAACCUGUCAAGAUUCAGGACCACGAUGCGUAUGAGGAGGCCGCUUGCACAGAGAGGUGCUCCUCUCCUUUCCCGGGUUACUUUUUUUGCUUAUGAAUUAUCUAGAUACAAAUGGGAAAUAUCGAAUAAGGUGAUAGAAACAAACAUUUCUGCAGUAUUACUUACCUUCAAAUGAGUAAAUAACCAUUUAUGAGGAAAAGAAUGAUCACAACAAGCAGUUUGAACCUUGAAGAUAACUGAUUUUUCUGACAGCAUAAACAUUUUUUUGCUCAGGAGUUACAUGAAAUGUAAUUUAUAAUUUGCAGCGUCUUCAUUUGACUUAAUUAGUGUCCUCUCCAGAUCAACACAAUCUUGUACCAUCAGUUUUUUUAAAGACACUAUUUAUGCAGAAGAAUUUAGGGAAUUCUUCAUUUUACUUAUUUAUUGGGGUAUAAUAGAACCUCGGUUUUAUGUAUUACCCAGAAAUAACUGAAUCACAAGCGCAGUUGUUUAAACAUAAAUACUAAAUUGGUUUCAGUAAAAUCCCAAUCAAAUCCUUCAUAUUUCUUUUGUAACCAUAACAUUCUGUAAUUAGAAAUGUUUUUGUUUCAUCUGUAGUUUGAUUUAAAAUGAUUAGACGGUAUUAAGAGAAAACGUCAAUUUAAAUGCUUUAAUCACACUACUUAUUAGAAAAUGUGUGAAAAACAUCAGUGAAAUAAAGAGUUCUCAAAAUUGUUAUUUAAAGUUUAGUACAAAAGUUGAACCUUUUGAAAGUUUUUAAAAUUAAACUUGUAAUGUUCUAGUUUUUGAAGUGUUACAUCUUCUAAAAUCGUAAUAGUUAAAUGUUUAAGUGUAAAUUUUGAGAUCACAAUGUCAGCAAAUUGCUACGUGUGAAAGGUGUCUGUUUAACAUAUGUAUUUAAAUUUUUCGUAAAUUAGUUUUUUUUUUUCAUGUUAUCUGUUCUGUACAACUAAAUAAAAGAAAAAUAAACACA